CUUUUUGCAGCUAGUUAUGAGCCCCUCCCCUCUUUUGUAGGUGUUGUUAUGAUCUGAGUUGAGGUAGCUAUGCAGACAUGGCCUCUUAUCACCUGGAGGCGCUGAGGAGACAGAGACUCAUCGACAGAGCACACCAAGCAGCACACACGGUGGAUCAUGAGAUACCUGCAGCUGACAUAGUACAGUAUACUAGCAAGCAAGGUUCACAGGGAAGCAGAGAAUCAAUAAGACCAAAGAGUGCAUCCAGUAUUGCUCAAACUAUGUCAGCCACCAUUGAAAUUGGAAAUGACAGUUGUACAGUAUCGAGGCACACCAGUCGUCCAGCCUCAGCCAUUAGCUCAAAGAGUGUAAGCAGUCAAGCUAAGUCCAGUAGACCUGCAUCAGCAAAGACCACCCCUACUAGCAAAACUAGGAGCCAAGGAAAUUCCAUAAGCAGUCGAAGAUCCUCCAGGCCUGCAUCAGCUUCUUCUUCCCACACCAAGACUAGCAUACUAUCACCAGAAGGUGGAGUCAGUGCUGCUACACAAGAGCCCUCAGAAGGAACAAGAUCUCUGUCCAGUUCAAGAGCUACUAAAGUUACUAUCUCAGAAUCAGGAACUGCAGGGAAGAGUCGCUCCAUCAGUGCUGCCUCUAAACAGUCGUGGAGCUCUAGGGCCGAGAUUAGAGCUGAUGAAGUGAGGAAGGAGCUACACAAGCAGGAGCUAUUUCUGAGGGACAGUAAUCUCGUUAUGGGUGACAUACAAGUGGAAGAAGAGUUGCAACUAACCAAGAAAGAAUUACAGCUAGUUUGAUAUAAGCAUGCUUGCAUAAUGUAUUAGUGUAUUACAAAUUUGGAUGUACAUUCCUGUGUGGUUUAUUUUCUUGAGACAAAAAUAUAUAAUAAAGAAAAUGUA